AUGGCCAUAUUUAUCACACGGAGGUAUAUGAGUCUUUUAAUGUCAAAACGUGAUUUAUAUCACUGCAUCCUGACACUUUCAAAUCGAUUUGCUCAAAUUAAUCUAGCAAGAUUGUUUCAUUGGGUAAUAAAAUUUUUCGAACUGUUAAUAUCCAAAUUCUUCAUACAAUAUGAACAUAGGGGUCUCGUGGCCAAGUGGUUAGAGUGUCCGUCUACCGCUCCCACGACCCGGGUUCGAAUUCUGCAGUUUCUACAGGUUCAUCCGGGUAGCCGACCCCCGGCCAACCCAGCCGUCCAUCCUUUCGAGGCUGGUAAAUGGGUAGACGACGUAAGUUGUCGCAUGUUGGCCGGCGAGAUGGCUCAGUGGUUCAAAUGCGCGCUGAGUCAUACAUCUCAAUGGCUAUCAUAUACUCAGCGUAUGUGA